ACGGAUCGGGCGCUCAACGUCACCCUGCAGGUCACCCUCUCCCAGAUCAUCGACAUGGAUGAGAGGAACCAGGUCCUCACCUCCUACCUGUGGGUGCGCCAGGCCUGGUUGGACGCUCACCUCACCUGGGACAAGGACGACUACGACGGCAUCGACAGCAUCCGCAUCCCCAGCAGCUACGUCUGCUAUGUCUGGCGGCCAGACAUCAUCCUCUACAACAACGCCGAUGAGCACUUCGGCGGCUCGAUGGAGACCAACGUGGUGCUGCGCUCCGACGGGCACAUCAUGUGGGACUCCCCUGCCAUCACCAAGAGCUCCUGCAAGGUGGAUGUCUCCUACUUCCCCUUCGAUGGGCAGCGCUGCCGCCUCACCUUUGGCUCCUGGACCUACAAUGGGAACCAGAUCGACCUGCGCAACCGGCUGGACACAGGGGACCUGACAGACUUCGUGGAGAACGUGGAGUGGGAGGUGCUGGGCAUGCCAGCCACAAGGAACGUCAUCACCUAUGGCUGCUGCUCCGAGCCCUACCCCGACGUCACCUACACCUUGGUGCUGCGACGCCGAGCCUCCUUCUACGUCUUCAACCUGCUCCUGCCCUGCAUCAUGGUCUCCUUCCUGGCGCCCCUCGGCUUCUACCUGCCUGCUGACUCGGGGGAGAAGGUGUCCCUGGGGGUGACGGUGCUGCUGGCCCUCACCGUCUUCCAGCUGCUGGUGGCAGAGAGCAUGCCACCCUCGGAGAGCGUCCCACUCAUCGGGAAGUACUACAUCGCCACCAUGACCAUGAUCACAGCCUCCACUGCCCUGACCAUCUUCAUCAUGAACGUGCACCACUGUGGCCCUGGGGCCCGGCCCGUGCCCCCCUGGGCACGGAGACUCAUCCUGCACCACAUGGCUCGGCUCUGCUGCGUCUACGAGGUGGGGGAGAGCUGCAAGAGCCCCAG